AAGAGGUUGUAGGUAACAUCCUGGUGUCCCUUGACAGUCCAAGAGUUCUUUACAUGCAAGGAUGAGAGGGAAACGAUUGCCGCGAACCAGGAGCACAUGGUCUCCCGUGCCAUGACCUUAAUUAAAUCAGGUGUGAGAAAUUCCUCACCAUAAUGUCAAAACCUGGAGAAAUUAUUUCUUUCAAUCCUGAAUCCAUCGUCGUCGACGUUUUCUCCAAGGCAUACGCAAUUCGUGUUAGUCCUCCCCUUCAAUUCGAAUCCCAAGUGAAAUUUAAUAUUCAAGUGUGACGAGUUCUGUAUGCCCGUGUUUUGGCAUUGGGCCACCUGACACUGAGAAGCAAGGUCAUGUUAGAAUGUUAGAUCGUAUGCAGCUGCCGCUUUGCCAUACUGUAAGAUAAAAAUCAUUGUUCUAAGGCCUUCCCUCAGGAGGAAACCCAAAUGCUCCGGGGACUUUUGAAGACUUCGAAAGUGGAUGUUACCAGAUUGCAAUUCACUGGAUUACUGAACGAUACAUUGCGGUGACCUUUGAAGCAAAAUCCUUUGAAUAACUUCAUGCAGGAGGUUGAUUUGCCCAACUGCUCAUGUUAAGCCGAAUAAUGGUUUCAUGCAAUUGCAUGGUGUGAAAAGCAGACGACAGAGUAGCAUCCAUCUCAGGUUUGGCGAGUAAACCACCAGGCAACAAAACGAUUAUUUUAGCCGUGAAAGUGCGAAAGAAUGGAGUUUUAGGCUAUUUAUCAUCGGUUCAAGUCGACUAUCUAGCUUUUUUGGAUCACGCGCAGAGUAAUGGCAUCGACAAAUCCUAGGGUGUUCUUUGAUAUUGUCAUUGGGGGCACACCCACGGGCCGGAUUAUAAUAGAGCUCUAUAAAGACACAUGCCCAAAGACUGCCGAAAACUUCAGGUGUUUGUGCACUGGCGAGAAAGGCGCUGGCGAAAGCGGACGAAACCUGCACUUCAAAGGCUCGGCAUUCCACCGUGUCAUCCCAGAGUUCAUGUGCCAGGGAGGUGACUUCACGAAGGGAAAUGGCACAGGGGGCGAAUCAAUCUACGGCACCAAGUUCCCGGACGAGAAUUUUGUGAGAAGGCACGGCGUGCCAGGAACAUUGUCGAUGGCAAAUGCUGGACCCAACAGCAAUGGGUCCCAGUUCUUCAUCACCACCGUCCCCGCGCCGUGGCUCGAUGGAAAACAUGUUGUGUUCGGAGUGGUCGUCGAAGGAUUCAAUGUCGUGAAAGCGAUUGAAGCCGUUGGCUCCAGUGAUGGCAAGACUCGCAAGGCUGUGAUUAUCUCUAAUUGUGGGCGACUCUAAAGCUAUUGACACUCUCGGUUGUUUUUGAACUAGGUGGUGUCGGUCACAUUUGAUUAGCAACGGCAGAAGUUCUUCAUUCGCGAUUAUAAAUAGCAUCCGAACUGUUCAACCAAGCUCUUGCAUUCUAUCACUUCCAGAAUACAACACUCUUUGCGAAACAUGCCUCAAGCACAUUUCCGGCUGCAAAAUACUAACUCCCAAGUGUCACUGCCAAGUGUCGAUUCUGCAAAGCUAAUUCCUUUUUUACUGCAAGACAAUCUAUGCUGCCUCACCAGACGAUUACUUCAGACGAUUACGUUUCCGAGGCGUUUAUCUUGUUGUUAAUCCAUCAAUGCAUCACCAUAAUGCAUACUUGAAGAGGAGAUUAUCCUGGGUAAUUCUGUGAGCACAUGUGCUUGUUGAGAAACCAGCUGAUAGUUCAAAUGGCUCAAUGCAUGCAUCAUAUUCGCAGUAAUGGACUUUCAACAAGGACAAAUAUGACUAUGACUGUAAAGAAAGCACAUUUUAAAGCAGUGUAAAUCAUGUGUAGGUUUCCCUUAUUAUUUGGAGAAAUACAUUUGGAAUUUGAUAGCCUUGGAAACUGAGUUUCACCUCACUUUGCUCUC